GUGGACGUGUCAGUUCAUGUCUAUGAAUAUGAAAAGGAUUGUGUGUUACUGUCUCGCAAUUUCAAUGAUUCCAAUAAAAGUAUGUUACGAAAUUGACGAAGAAUGUAUGGAACCACAACUAUUGGUGAAAGAAACGUACUGCGGUAACAACAAUGUAACGACACUGACUAUGCACACACAUAACAGUAAAUCUUUAGAAUAUUAUCUAUUUGAUGGCUGCCCUGUAGAUUUUAAUGAGCCACUAUAUUUAAACAAUACAUUUUACUUGGAGUGUGACACUGAAAACAGUUGCUUUGAUGAAGCAAAAGAAAUCAGUAGAGAAACUUAUUACUUAGAAUGUGAAGAAGUGGAUAUAUUUCGUAAAGAAAUAAUCACAUCAAAAGAACAUAAUGAAAAUACGACACAGUUGUAUUCACUGAGAAAUAAAACUACAACUGAAAUCUAUGAUGAAACAGUUGAAUACAUCUUUACAAAUGGAACUACAACGGAUCUUGAUGGUCAAUUAAAAAUAAGUUCAACAAUAGCUGAUGUAUCUACAACCGAAUCUUCUACAGUCGUUGGAAGCAUAUCGUUUAAUGAUGAUGCAAUAUCGUCAAAAGACAAUGAGUAUACAACGUAUGAUGUAGUAUUAACUAAUGAUAUUACAAAUCCGUUAGAUACUAACGUGAUUGCAACUAAAUCAACUCCAGCAGUUGAUAUAACUGACUUAUCAGACGUUUAUAUGUUUACUACUAAAAGUACCACAAUGACUGAUGAAGAAUCUGAAGAGAACCAUAAUUCAUCCAAAAAUUAUAUAUUUCACAAUGAAACUACGACUGAGCAUUAUGAUGUAUUUAAAGAUACUGAUGUAAACUCCACAAAUAUAGAUAAAUUACGUAAUAAAACUGAUAUUAAUUCAUUAAAGGCAGCUGAGGAGAAUCCGUCAGAUUCUAAUAAUAUUUUGGUUGUUCUUGGAUAUUCUUUAGCAGGGGUCGCAACUACAGCAGCAUUAGCUUUUGGAGCAUAUAGGUUAAGACGUAUGAAGCAAUCAGGAAGCUACUUAAUGCCUGAUACAGGGAGUCCACCGGGUUUUAUAGAACUAGCAUAAUGAUUGAUUUGGUUUCAAUUUAUCCUAUUUAUGGAAUAACCACUAAUUUGCACUGACUUGAUGCAACAGGGGGAGCUUGCGCAAAUGCGCAGUUCUGCUGUAGAUAUAGUUAGUUCGCAAAAGAACAAAAAAAAAUGUCAAACAGAAAUGUCUGAAAAGGGCGAAUGAAACACGAAAAUACACGAUUUUAUUUAAAGACUAAAAUGAAAAAAAAACGACUCGUCAGCAAGAUAGCAGCAACUGCAGUUGAAACUAUUCUAGAAGACUGCAAGUGACAUAUAUCAUUUUAAGGAGUUUUGAAAAAAAAAAUGAAAUAGUGUAAAAAUAAAUUGUAGUUUUUUUUCUCCAGAAUUUGAUAGACACAGUCGACAGUAAAAUUUUGUAUAUUUUCAUUAGGUAUUUAACUAAUAAUUAUGUGUAAGGUUCUAAGUCAAUAGUAAUUUAUUUGAACAACGAGCAACUAAUACAGUUAAGAGUUACUUAUGUUAUUGA